UACGGUAAUCCCACUAACCCUCCAUAGCUGUCAGCUGAUUGUCGAGUUGGGAGGAAAAGAAAACAUAGCCAUGGCGGCAGAGAUUCAUUCGAGGCCUCAAAGCUCAAAACCAGUUCUUCUAAAUAAGAUCGAAGGACACUCGGACGCGGUCAAUGCUGCAGUUUUGAUACCGAAAGAGGACGGAGUGAUCACGGUUAGCGAGGACAGAACUAUCCGGGUAUGGCUGAAGAGAGACAGUGGACAGUACUGGCCCAGCAUCUACCACACAGUCUCCUCGCCGUGCUCCUGUAUGUCGUACCAUCACGACAGCAGGCGCAUCUUCAUAGGGCAGGACAACGGAGCCAUUGUGGAAUUCCUUCUGUCUGAAGAUUUCAACAAGAUGAACCAUGUGAAAACCUAUCCUGCCCAUCAGAACCGUGUGUCAGACAUGGUGUUUUCUCUGGAGAGCGAGUGGGUGGUGAGCACCGGACACGACAAGAGUGUGAGCUGGAUGUGCACCCAGAGCGGCAGUAUGCUGGGACGCCACUACUUCGGCUCCUGGGCCUCCUGUCUACAGUAUGACAACGACACCCAGCAUGCCUUUGUAGGGGACUACUCAGGACAGAUCACCCUGCUGAAACUGGAGAGAGAGACCUACUCCACCAUCACCACACUGAAGGGCCAUGAAGGUAGUAUUGGAGCUCUGUGGUGGGAUCCUGUUCAGAGGCUUUUGUUCUCAGGAGCGUCUGACCACAGUGUCAUCAUGUGGGACAUCGGGGGCCGCAAGGGACGCACACUACUGCUCCAGGGACACCAUGAACGAGUGCAGGCGGUGCGCUACCUGCAGCUGACCAGGCAGCUGGUGUCCUGUUCUGCAGAUGGAGGCGUCACAGUGUGGAACAUGGACACACCCAGAGAAGAGGCUCCUCAGUGGUUGGACAGUGACUCAUGUCAGAAGUGUGAGCAGCCUUUCUUCUGGAACGUCAAACAGAUGUGGGACUCAAAGACCAUUGGACUUCGGCAGCACCACUGCAGGAAGUGUGGCAAAGCGGUGUGUGGGAAGUGUAGUUCCAAGAGCACUACAUACCCUGUGAUGGGCUUUGAGUUCCAGGUGCGAGUGUGUGACACCUGCUACGACACCGUUAAGGACGAGGAUCGUACUGCGUUAGCAACGUUCCAUGAGGGGAAGCACAACAUAGCCUUUAUGGACAUGGACCCUUCCAGAGGCCUGAUGGUGACCUGUGGCAGCGACCGUGUCGUCAAGAUAUGGGACAUGACGCAAGUGGUUGGCUGUAGCAUAGCAACAGGCUUCUCCCCACGUUGAUUAACCCCCGCCCCCUCGGCCCCCAAACUCUGUCCUCUACUCUACUGACAGGUGUCUCUGUCCUUGGGACUGCUGUUGCCAUGGCAACUCCUCUGUCUUCUCAUCCUUCUGGCUCCUCUUCUGUCUGGCUGCUUCUGUUCUCUCAUCUCCCACUGGACGUUUGGAUGAAGAUACGUAUGUGUGUGUGUGUUGUGUAAAUGGGUGGGUACUAGUGUUGGUAACCCUUCGCUUGAUUUGGUGUCAGUUUUGUACGUGAGAAGUUGAGUCUCAAAUGUGUCUCAGGUCUAACUUCCAGUGUGUACCCAUUCAGCGGAGCUCCAAGCACAAUGUUAUGUUCUAAUAUGUGUGUGUGUGAAUGGAAGGAGCAGUGUUGGUGUUUGUGUUUACGUAUGUUAGACUUCUGUCUGGUUUCUUUGACAUAGUGGGUCAGCUCUAAUUCCUCUUGCACUGUAACAUUGGACUGCUAGACCCCGAUAAUCCACUAAGCCCUGCCCAACAGACACACAUAGGGCUCUCCUAUUGGCUGCUUACUUCAACUUUCUACAUUUUUAAAUAUCGCAAAUGCUAACCACGACAACACAGCUUUUAUAUAUCAAUAUGCAUAGUGUGUACAGUAUGAGAUGUAGUGUGCUUAUCGCUGUAUAUCCCUCACUGAUCAUGAGGUCAGUUUCUCUCUUUCCUCGCUAGUCGUUAUUUCUCUCUUUCUCAUUCUCUCUCUUCACUAGUUGGCCUUAAACUCACUCGUUUGUCUCAGGAGGAGGAGAUGGAAGAGUCAUUAGAGGGCAUGGCUGUGUGUGCCGUCACCAUGGCAACCCUGGCCGAGCCGUAGCCACAGCUGUUCUCCCACAGACCUUGUCCAACUUCACCUCAGACACACCUAAAACAUAUUUCAUCAAUUUACACAGCUGUACAGAUAUCACUUCUAGCCCUGAUAACCAAGACCCCAUACUCUGUUGCCUUUGCGUUAAGUUAAGAUGAAUUUGCGUGUAAUGAAAAACGGUGUAUGGUUUUGAACAAGAGGUUUUUAUUUGGCUUUUGCUCUCUUUAGACAGGCACUUAGGUACUGAAAUGGUACUGUAUAAAAGUCAAUGUAGCACUAUAGUUCCCAUGCACUCUGAUGUUUUACGCUGUCUCAUCUCUCACUGUGGGAUUGUGGGUAAAAUUUGAAGCUGCUUGCAUUUCCUCUAAGGCCUUAAGAGAGGGAUGCAUCAAGCCUUCUAGAUCCUUCAAAACUCUCACGACUGUUCUCUCACACGUACACACUUACACACACACACACUACUCUGUAGCAUAGCUGCGUUUUUCUCUCAACCCUCACCCAUGAAUACUUAGCAUUCAACACUAUUGACUAGUUUCUCUGUCACUCUCCCACGCUGUUCUGUUUCCAGAGCCCCAUAAGGUUCUCCACUGCACUGAAAUGCACUAAUUGUGGUUUAGAGAGCAGAUGGGCUGUGCAUUUUAUUUUAUUUUUACAAGUUAGAUUUUUUGGAGAUUUGAUUUGUUACGUCUUGAGUUGCAUAGCAUCCUUAAACUGGUAAAUAUUUGGCUAAUUUGUGGUAGGUUAGACUAACGCUUGCCUUAAGCUAAAAACGGAACAUAACGUGGAAGUUCCGAUUUUCAAAUGUAGUCCCAUUCCAGUUUUGAUCACCUAGUAUAUCAUAUUUAUAUUUGUAGCAAUGUGUUUGAUUGUUUCUGGUUGUUUACUUCAUGUAUAGGAUGGUGGUGGUAGUGGUGAGAUCACACAGACAGGAUGAUGUCACAGGAUGAAUUGGUCACAAGAUGUGCUGAUGUCACUGAGAAAUCUGUCACAGGUGUGCUUGCCAUGUCAUGUCAGAAACAUGAUGACAUGUUUAUGUCACAGAGGCGUUGACAUCAUACAUAAAUAUUGUGACAUCACAGAGAUUCAGAGGUGUUCAUGUUACACAUAGAUGUCAUACAGAGAGGAGUUAAUAUCACACAGAAACAUGCUAAUAUCACAGAGGGACAUGGUGAGGUCACAGAAGCUGCAGGUAGCCUAGCUGUUAAGAGCGUUGGGCCAGUAACCGGAAGGUCGCUGGUUCGAAUCCCCGAGCCGAC